GCCUUGCCUCCUCCCCCAUCUCUGCGUGUUUGUUGCGUUCACUGCUUCUUUUGAAGCUCUAGCUCGUAUUGCUGCUCUCCCAGCAGCGCUCUGGAGGAGUCCGUUCCCAUGCUCCCGUCUUCUUGAGCCUUCGGUGGAGCCUCGCAGUGUUCAAUUUGGUGCUCGGUGGCGGAUUCUUCGUUUUGGUCGAGUGUGCCUUCGUCUCUCUCUAGAGAUAUGGCUUCCAACGGUAACGGGAUCGGAAGUGGACAUGAAGUCCAUGACUUCGAGUUCAUGAGCACUGUGGUGCCAAAUGGGCUUUCCAAGAUCAACACCAAGCCUGUGGAAAUGUGUAAGGACGAUACCACAGCUCCUGUAAAGGUGACGAACAUUGAACAGCUGCACGCUUUGCAGAGGAAGAAAGCGUCUGCUCCGACCACACCGAGGACCGCCACUAACCCCUCCACGCCCAAGAGCAUGACUCCUCGCUCUUAUGUGUCGGAAGAGGAUCUGCACAAGCAGCAGAUGCAGUCUGUGAGUGCAUCCUUGGCCUCUUUGACCCGGGAUCAAGGACCUCAGGUUAUUAAGGGUGAACCAGGCAGGAAGAGGUCUCCUCCGAAGUCCGUGGUUGCUCCUAGAAUCGACAUUAGUGACAGUGCUUUGAAGUUUACGCACGUUCUGUAUAACUUAUCGCCUUCAGAGCUGUACGAGCAAGCUAUUAAGUUUGAGAAGGGCUCUUUUAUUACGUCAACUGGAGCUCUUGCAACUCUGUCUGGUGCCAAGACUGGGCGGUCUCCCAAGGAUAAACGAGUGGUUAAGGAAGAGACCUCAAAACAUGAUUUGUGGUGGGGAAAGGGUUCUCCGAACAUUGAAAUGGACGAGGAGACUUUCUUGGUUAACCGCGAGAGAGCUGUUGACUACUUGAACUCAUUGGAGAAGGUCUUCGUAAAUGAUCAAUUCCUGAACUGGGACCCUGAGAACCGCAUCAAAGUGCGAAUUAUUUCAGCUCGUGCUUACCAUUCACUUUUUAUGCACAAUAUGUGCAUUCGCCCUACCCCUGAAGAGCUCGAGGAUUUUGGAACUCCGGACUUCACAAUCUACAAUGCCGGACAGUUUCCUUGCAAUCGCUAUACCCACUACAUGUCAUCGUCAACUAGCAUAGAUUUGAAUCUGAAACGCAAAGAGAUGGUGAUACUGGGGACGCAAUAUGCUGGGGAGAUGAAGAAGGGUCUCUUCAGCCUCAUGCACUACUUGAUGCCCAAAAGAGGAAUUCUGUCGUUGCAUUCAGGCUGCAACAUGGGAAAGGCAGGGGAUGUGGCGUUGUUUUUUGGAUUAUCAGGUAUAGUUGGUAAAAGAAAACGAGUGCCCCCAUGCUUGAACAGUCGUAAGAUAAGAAUGACGCGCACCACACUGAAUUUCCAUGGCUGGUUUGAUGUGUUUGUCGUGUCAGGUACUGGUAAGACGACUCUGUCAACUGACCAGAAUCGCCAGCUUAUCGGUGAUGAUGAACACUGCUGGAGCGAUAACGGUGUUUCGAAUAUUGAAGGAGGGUGUUAUGCCAAGUGCAUUGAUCUUUCUGCCGAAAAGGAGCCAGAAAUCUGGAACGCAAUCAAGUUUGGAACUGUGCUUGAAAAUGUCGUGUUCGAGGAGCAUUAUAGAGAGGUUGAUUAUACUGACAAAUCAGUUACAGAAAACACAAGGGCUGCAUAUCCUAUUGAGUUCAUUCCCAACGUCAGGCUGCCAUGCGUUGGACCUCAUCCAAAGAACGUGAUCUUGCUCGCUUGUGACGCUUUUGGUGUCUUGCCUCCCGUGAGCAGACUGACGCAUGCGCAAACCAUGUAUCACUUUAUCAGUGGCUACACUGCCUUGGUUGCAGGAACCGUGGACGGUGUGAAGGAGCCUACGGCUACGUUCUCAGCAUGCUUUGGAGCUGCUUUCAUUAUGAUGCACCCAACCAAGUAUGCUGCCAUGCUUGCAGAGAAGAUGGAGCGAUACGGUGCUACUGCAUGGUUGGUUAACACUGGCUGGACAGGCGGCAGCUAUGGCGUCGGAUCGCGAAUGAAACUUGCGUACACGAGGAAGAUCAUCGAUGCCAUCCAUGAUGGAUCUUUGUUGAAUGCCAAAUACGUCCAAACUCCAAUUUUCAACCUGUCUGUGCCAACCGAGGUCAAUGGGGUUCCUAGUGAAGUUUUGGAGCCACAGAAUGCGUGGUCGGACAAGAAGCUUUACAACAAGACUUUGAAAAAGCUUGCCGGGCUUUUCCAGAAGAAUUUUGAGGUUUACGCCGAUUACAAGGUUGGUGGAGAUAAUAACCUGACCCAGAAGAUUCUUGAAGCUGGGCCAGUGCUGCAGUAGUUUUGAAGAAGCCACAUGUGCACAUGUCAACCUAAAUUGGAAAUAUAUCGAAAAUGUGCUGGUCAUGAAGCCGCGAAACCUUUCCUCAACUGGGAGUAUUUGGUGGACAUUCCAAGCUGGAUAAUGACGAUACAUUUAGAAUAGGUUAAGUGAACGCGAGUUGAACCCCUCUACGAAAAUGUAUUUUUUUUCCCUGCCUAGGUUACAGAGCUCAGGGAGCAACUUCUCAUUGAAAUUCUGUGUCCAUAUUCCAACUUAUGUGAAUAAACAAUAUUUGACCUUAUAAGUGUA